UGAGCGCACGACGAGCCUUUCUCGGAAAAUGAAGCAGCUGAUGAAGAUCAUCGGUGUGUUGAGGUUCCCCGUCAACCCCGAGCACCAUCUAUCAGCAAGAGCCCGCCAGAUUCUGGUCGAGGGCAGCGACAUCCCCUGUCACGAGAACGUGUGCGCAGCAUGCCUUCGGGGCAACGUCGUUUUGGACAGACAAGAAGCGAUAGCUGCAAGGCAGGACAAGUACAUUGUGGACAUAGUCAUCGAGAAGAAGGGGUGUGCAUUUUGCCGCAACGUGCGAGGGGUGCCGGGCGACGAGUGGCAACAACACGGGUACUUCGUAUUCGGAGAGACAGCUGUCCACAUCGAGUUGCCACUGGAGGUUAGGGCGCUCGUACACGGUGGCACACCCAUCACGACAGCAUGGCGAGGUCUCUUGCAGCACCUGGAAACCGAUUUGAUAUGGAUGGGAGAACACCCCAAACUGGCAACAAGGGUUUCGACGGGGAUGGACGGCCUGACCCGAUCACUGCUAGAAGUCUUUCUCGCCUUCGAGGCUCUCACGGAUCAUCCGUGCGAGUUUUCCAGCAUAGCCGCGGGGUAUUUCCCUCUGAUAACAUCUUGCGAUGGCUGCAAUAAGCUUUCGACCAACAACAUGACGCUGGAGAUGUUCCUGGCUCAGCGUGAAGAACAAGUGACUGACAUGGACCUAACGGCUUGUUGGCUUUCGCUGAGCGUGCUUUCGCCCAUGGUUUUCUCGAAGCGGCUGCAGUUCGUGUACACGACACCGAUCACGUUCUGCCGACACAACCGGAAGUCGAACAUAUUUGUUCUUGCGGAAAGAGGGGCCGUCGGGAGAAACCAAGACUUGGAGGGAUUGGACUACAACGAACUCAGCGCUUGGGUGAGGGGAUCGGAGGAAUCGACAAUGGCGGUCCUGAAUGGUGCGACAAUGGACAGAUUGAAGGCCCUCUACAAGAGAUGCUUGCGAAAGAAUAGGAAGAAGACUACUGUUCAGCCCGAAACUGUACCUUUGAUGCGGGACCUGUUCGCGAGGCUCUACGAGAAGGCCCUCAAAGAUACUGGAGGCAGCGUGGAAUGCUCCAAGGCGCUGAUGGGUCGGGGCUUUGCUGCGACGACUGGUGUUGAAGGGUUCUACUCUGUAUCCGAUGGGGUGCAAAUUAUGCACAUGUUCCUGCUGCGGCCGGAGGGACCCGUCGACGUGGCCAACAUGUUCCUGUUCUGCAAAGCCAUAUUGGGUCCCCGCGAACCUGACCUUAGGACUCGAGACUCGAAAGUAUUUCUACCAAUCCUUCUCAUCACAGAUUUGAUGUGCCGUUUAGGGCCAACCGUCCACAGUAGGGCACCUGCUGUGGUCGAGAAUGAAGGUGCACUCCCGCGGGAUGGCGCCGGCAACGUCGAUAUCCCUUCGCUGGCGACGGAAGGCGUCCACGUUGGCGGCAGCGUGGAUGGGCGUGGGAAGCCACAGGCAGAGGCAACAUGCACCCAAUACCGCGUGUACAACGUGCUGCGCGACGCGGGACUCAACCCACGGGUUCAGCGUGGCACCGACUUCGCUGCGCUCAUGGACCUGUAUGCGAGGGAAGGGUGCAAUGGUCUUUACGGGAAGUCUUUCGCUACCCGUGCUAGGAACCUUUUUGCGUUCGUUGCACGGCCGGAGCCGGAGAAGGAGACAUGCAUCGCCGAAAAGCUCGGGCCAGAAGGCGACGAAAAGAAGAAUAUCGCAGGCAAGCAUUUAACUACCUUCCUUGCGGUGCCAUGCCGCCCGACUUCAGCCCCCCGCCAGCAACUCGCCAUGAAUGUGUUUGGGGUUCAAGCUCUGCGCUCCGGGUCAGUAUUUGGUGCGGCAGCAUACUGUCCGAAUUUCAUUCAAAUUUGGUGUUCGAACGGCAACCCCGGCGACACCGCGGACAAGGACGGAAAGGUUGCUAGGUUUUCUGUCUGCUUCAACAUCCAAGCAGACGACACGCCGAAAGAGCGUGUUCCCCACUCCUACAACGCGGAGAAGGCCGGACCGUAUUUUGCGCCUGAUCACCUUCAUGACUUUAAUCACGGCUCCGACUGCCGUGAUAAAUACGGCCAGGUUAAUACUUGCAGUCAGUUGGCAGGAGUCAACUGUAACGUACACGAACAAAAUCACGCGAGGAAGAAGUUUCUGGGAAUGAUCAAUACCAUGGGGUUCGACCGGUUGUCCUUCAUGGUAGCGUUCGUCAAUAAGAUCGAGAAUGAGGCCAUCAACCACCGUACUCUACAAGUGUUGGUCAACUCCGAACGUCAACAUAGAAGCAGUCGAUUAGCUGUUUGUAAGGUGGAGAUUUGGUUGACCGGGCGUUGCUGUUGUGAGAAGUCUUUGCAAUUGCGGGAUGAUCAGUUCGGCCGAGCACGACUAUUUUUAUGUAGAAUUAUGCCCCUUCUUUUCGGAGUCGCAGCCGAGGAACCAAAGGCCGAGGAGGAGAUAGUACGGGAUUUUGAUUGGGGUGUGGGUUGUGUGCGUAGAAUUAGGUGAGGGUAGAGACGAGGACCAUUCGGAUUCGCGUGCGUACGAGUUCGAAAGAGAGGUACCGUUCAGAUAAUUUGAGUGAUUUUCCGAU